AUGAAGAAAGCGGAAGAACAGCGAAAAGAAAAGCAUAAAUGGAUGUAUGAUAAAGAAUCUGGUCCGUUAUUGUUGAAAGAUGGCGUGGUGGAGUCCCAGAAAUUGAUUGAAGGAUCUUCAGAAUCAAGGCCUGCGCCAAUCGAGACUUGGAAAUAUAAGGUCAAAAAUGAACUCAUGUUUUACCCAGAAGGGCACACAUCACAACCUGAAGAAAAUCCCAGAAUAGCACCAAAAGAAAUUGCGCCGGCCAAUACACGGUUUGAAACACCAGAUGAGACGAAUAUCAAUAAUCACGCUGCAGCAAUUGCAGCAAUAGCAUCUGGUUUUGAGUCAUAUGCUUCAUCCGAAUCAACUUCGGAAGCGGGUACACCGAGAGUAGCGGGAUACGAGUUUGUAUCGCCAACGCCUUCACUUAAUCCUUCCCAAGUAGACAGCUCAGAAUUAAUGACUUGGGGUAUGAUAGAGGGAACUCCUCUUCAAAUUAGCGGAGAUCAAACACCAGGUCCUGCUUUUUCAUUACCUCCUACCCAUCGCAGAGAAAUGCUUGGUAUGAGCCUUUCAAGCACUGCAUCUCGAAAUAUUCGCAAGCGAGUUAGCGCAAUGAAUACUCCUCGGACACCUUCUUCACGGAGUGCACUAGGAGCCAGGAUGGCAAGUACAAAUGCACGAACAUUAUUAUUAUCCCCUGCAGCAAGAAAAUUAUUACGGAAAUCACAUAAAACGCACACGUCUCCAAGCGCAGAUUUAGACUUACAAUUAAGGUCAUCAUAUGGAACUUUUCGUAGUACAUCAUUGAAGAAUGUUCCUUUUUCUCCUGCACGGUUUAAUUCACCAUCUUCUGCAUAUAUCCGGAGAAGUUCCGGGGCAUCAUCACAAUCCUCAUCCAUUACAACUGGGAGUGAAACCUCUGUGUCUAGAGAUGUUGUUGCUAAUCAAUAA